AUGCCUGUAGACAGAAUGAGAAUGCGGCCGUGGUUGGAAGAACAGAUCAACUCCUGCCAGAUACCAGGCCUCAAAUGGGUUAACAAAGAAAAAAGAAUCUUCCAGAUUCCUUGGAUGCAUGCUGCUCGGCAUGGCUGGGAUUUAAAGAAAGAUGCUCCUCUCUUCAUGAGAUGGGCUAUACAUACUGGGAAGUAUCAGCCAGGUAAAGACUGCCCAGAUCCAAAGACAUGGAAGGCAAAUUUCCGCUGUGCAAUGAACAGCCUGCCUGAUAUUGAGGAGGUGAAGGAUAAAAGCAACAAAAAAGGAACAAAUGCAUUCAGGGUCUACAAAAUGCUGUCGUUGUCAGAGAGAGGUCUAAAGAAAGGAAAGAAAAGGAUUGACAAAGAGAGUAAAGCCACAGGAAAUGAAGAGGUAGCAUGUCCGUCUUUUGAGAGGACACCUCUUCUCAUUCGUCCUGUUCAUUUGGAAAACAUCAAACAGGAAUCUCAAGAUGAAGUAGAGAUGCCUCAUACGACCAAAGCUACUCCUGGUGAAGAAGACCAUGUGGUAGCAACCGAGCUGCUACCGUUUGUCUGUCAAACAAUCGAAGUGAAAACAGAGAAUGAAGAGGAGACCGUUAGCUCAUCCCAUUUGUACCCUCUGCAAAUCUCUCCUAUAUCUUCGUAUAGUGGUAGCGACACAGACAGCGAUACUGAGGAUAGCAGCCAGGUUGUCAAUCCAGCCUGGAGGCGGGAUCAUGGCAGGUCAGUGCUUAAGGUGUCCCCCUAUUCCCUCCCUGGCAUGGCCACCUUUGUUAGAGGAAGCAAACCUUACUGCAGAAUAACCACCACACGAGACCCUGCCCCUCUCAUCAGCUAUCACAGCAACAGCUGGACAACAUCUUACAGCCAGAACUCUCUUGCCACUUCAAUACCAAAUCACACGCAUGAAAUGCGGGCCAGCGUUAUUAUGAAAACCUCAGAUGUCACCUCCUCCUAA